CUUAAUAUCCCUGUUAUCAGACAUAUGGUUACAUUUUGUACAAUAUGUUUUAUUUACAAUGUCAUCAUUGUACCAUAUCUGCAUGAGUAACCAUCUGGAACCAUUUGUAAAUGUGCAUAACUUUGAAUAUAAUGGAUAAGCAUAAAAAGGGGAAGAAGCAACCUUCUGAAUGGUCAAAAACUGGGAGUUUUAUGCACAAACCAGAAAGAGGCUGGAUUCAUCCAGAUGCACAGAUAAAGCCUGAUGCUGGUGUAUGCUAUGGAGUAAGGUAUAUAGGAUGCCUGGAGGUCAAAGAGUCAAUGAGGCAACUAGAUUUUGAUACAAGGACAGCACUAGCUAGGGAAGCUAUAUGCAGGGUAUGUGAAGCAGCAGGGUUGAAGACAGCAAAGAAACGUAAAGUAGAUAAAAAGUUAGUAAAAAUGUUAGGUGAUGCACCAAAGAUGCAGUAUGCAGGGUCAAAUGUCAACUUGACAAUCACAACAGACUGUCUCACACUUAUUAUAAUGGAAUCUGGAGAGAUGAUAGCCAAUCACCAGAUGCCUGGAAUUUCUUUUGCGUCAGGAGGAGAUUCUGAAACACUAGACUUUGUAGCUUAUGUUGCUAAAGACGCAGCUAAUGGUCGAGCAUGUCAUGUGUUAGAAUGUGGAGGUGGAUUAGCAGAAGAUGUUAUAACUACAAUAGGACAAGCUUUUGAACUACGUUUCAAAGAAUAUCUAAAAAAUCAACCAAAACCAGUUACAGUCCAGGACCCCACAGAGAAAGGUAUUGCAGACAGUGAUGCCUGGGGAAAUGAUGAAAGUGACUAUUAUAAUGACCGACCUGAUGCAAGACCUCCUCUAGCUGAAGCUGCAACAGGAAAUGCUAAUUAUUCAGCACCCAAGUCUAACCUGCCUAUAAGUGAUGGCUUGUAUGCCUCUGUAAAAGAACCUCCUCAGCUUUAUGAUGUACCUAAAGACCAACCUCUGAUUGACUUUGGUGCCACUGGUGGACAGACAUAUGACAAUAAAGAGGGUCAGGUGUAUGAUAAUAAAGAAAGCGUAUUCAAUGGUGAUGCUGAGUUUGAGGGUAAUAUGUAUGACAAUAAAGAAAAUGUUAUGGAAGAACCAACAACAAAUGGGGAUGCGUUUGACAUGAAUCCAUUUCAAUCAUCCCUACAGAACACAGAAACAGAACCAGAGCUUCCCCAGCGACAGUUUGCAUCAGACAGUAUGGUUGUACAUGAGCCCUCUCGACCUGAAAUACCACAGCGACCUCAACCUAAAUUACCAGAGGAAGAUAGUAUCCCUAAACAUAAUAUAGCUCCUAUGUUUGAGACAUGGUAUCAUGGUCAAUUACCAAGAAAGCAGGCUGAAAAACUUCUGCAGAAAGAUGGUGAUUUUCUAGUUAGGAAAAGUUCAAACGACCAGAAUCAAUACGUCUUGAGUGGUAGACAAAAUGGUGUUAUUAAACACUUGUUAUUAGUUGACCCAGAUGGCAUUGUACGAACCAAAGACCAUACAUUUGAAAGUGUUCCUCAUUUAAUAAAAUAUCAUAUGAAACAUGGACUUCCAAUUGUUUCACAAGAAAGUGAACUUCAUUUGGUUAGACCAGUCAGCAACAACUACACCAACUGUUGACCAUAAUUGUUAGUCUAUCAUAUUUCAGUAACUGGUACGUUGUCGUAUUGUUUUAAUUUGGUGCCAGUUGCAGUUGCCGUUCUUUUAUUCACAGGAUAUUUAACAUGAUAAUCUCUUUUUAAACUGUUACUUUUGUAAUUAGUGAAGAGAUAUCAACAAAAGCUAAACCUUAGCUUUGAUUUCUGAAAGUAUUGUUCAAUUACAAAAAAAAAGUACUCUUCCUUUAUUUGUAUGAUAUAUGAAUAUAGUAGAAAUGCAUAAUACUGUCACAAUUGAGAGCAUUCUCUUACAGGUGAAUCGAUGUAAAUGAAAUAAUUUAUAAGAUACUUCACACUCAUAACAUGAUUUUUUUAACAAUGUUAAUUUGAACUUUGUAUCACUUUUUAAACUAUCACUUGUUCUUGUCUUUGUUGUUUUUAAUGCUGAUCAAGCUAACAUUUAUAACCUGAUUUUAAUUUUUGAAAAGAUUUAAGUUCUGUAUGUGUUUUGUAUGGAAAAUAUUCAUAAUUUUUAAAAAAAAAAUAGUUUUAAGUACAAAAAUCACUUUUGAAUUUAAUUUAUAAUUAAGAGCAUUGAAAUAUAAGUGUAAAUGGAGAAUCAAUAAGUGCCAUUUUAAAUCAUAGCAUAGCCUUGAAAUAGCUACAUGUUACAAUUAGAUGGGUUUUUUUUUUAAAUACAAUAGAUAUUUUAGUGUGCAUGACAUUGUAACAGGGCAGGACCUCCAAUCAGAUUGUGUAUAUAGAUUUUUGUAUAGGUAUAAUUAUAGCUUUAAGCAGUUGUUUUGAGUGGAUCAACAAAUACAUUGUAUAUAUUGUUACGAGUAAUUAUUUUAUUACUUUGUUUUAGUGUAAGUAAACUAUUCCAUUUUUUGUUAAUGAGCUUAUUUUGAUUAUUUAUUGUUAAUGAAAUUUUAGUAUAUAUUUAUUUCUUAUUAACAUUUUUUUGUUCCAUUUUAUACUUGCUGGCAUUUUAGAUGCUAAUUAGUAUUAUUCUUUUGUGUGGCAGUCAUACUUUACUAAAUGAAGAGUGCUUGUUAUUAUUUUGAAGUGAUUUUUUUAUAAGCUGAAGUAUUUAGAGUUUUGUGGAUCAAUGUAAACAUAUGAUAUAUAUUUCAGUGCAAAAAGACACAAUGUUCUAGAAUAACUUGUUAUCAGAUAUGCUGGUGAAAAAAGUUUGGGAAGUUAAAAAAUCUAAAAGCAUCAAAACCAAAGGGCUGAAACACAACAACCCAAUGUCAAAGGUCAAUUUACCUUUAUAGGGAUAAACUUAAUAUAAUGUAAUUCAAUAAAUGAAAAGUAAAUCAAAAUGUAUAAUUUAAAAUUAUGCCAAUACAAAUGGCUACACAUGGUUAAAUAUUGCCAAUUGACCAAUAUUGAUGGAAUAUUUUGAAGUGUUCAACAAGCUUUGACAGAAGACACCUUGCAAUGUUUUUUUCAAUUGUAAAUACAUUUUUGUCAAGCAUGCGAGGUCGGCGUCAUCAACAUUUAGGUUAAAGUUUUUAAGACAUCAAUAACUUUGUCAAACCUACAUGGAAUUUUAUGAAAUUUGGGCAGAAGCUUGUUUAUGACCAAAAUACAGUAUCCAGAGCAAAAUUUUGAAAAUAUUUAUUUUAAUUUUUCUGUAUUUUACUGAUAAAUGGACUUAGUUUUUUUUUUUGACAGUUAACAUUCAGAUUUAGUCUGAGGAUAAAGUUUUUCAGUCAUCAAUAACUUUGUCAAACCUUCAUGGAAUUUUAUGAAAUUUGAACAGAAGCUUGUUUAUGACCAAAAGACAGUAUCCAGAGCAAAGUUUUGUUUCUAUAUUUUACUGAUAAAUGGACUUAAGUGUUUGUACAGUUAACACUGAGGCUCAGUCUGAGGUUAAAAGUUUUGCAGUCAUCAAUAACUUUGUCAAACCUUCAUGGAAUUUUAAGAAAUUUGGACAGAAGCUUGUUUAAGGACAAAAGAAAGUAUCCAGAGCAAAAUUUUGAAAAUAUUUAUUUUCAUUUUUCUGUAUUUAACUGAUAAAUGGACUUAGAUUUUUAUGCCCCACCUAGGGGCAUUAUGUUUUUCGGUCUGUGCGUCCAUUCGUUCGUCCGUUCAUCCGUCCGUCUGUCCCGCUUUAGGUUUAAGUUUUUGGUCAAGUUUUUUAUGAAGUUGAAGUCUAAUCAACGUGAAUCUUAGUACACAUGUUCCCUAUAUGAUCUUUCUAAUUUUAAUUCCAAAUUAGUUUUUUGACCCAAAUUUCUCGGUCCACUGAACAUAGAAAAUGAUAGUGCGAGUGGGCAGGUUAAAGUUUUUGGUCAAGGUUGUUUUUGAUGAAGUUGAAGUCCAAUCAACUUGAAACUUAGUACACAUGUUCCCCAUGAUAUGAUCUUUCUAAUUUUAAUGCCAAAUUAGAGUUUUUACCCCAAUUUCACAGUCCACUGAACAUAGAAAAUGAUAGUGCGAGUGGGGCAUCCAUGUACUAUGGACACAUUCUUGUUUUUACAGUUAACAAGUAAAUGCAGUCUGGGGUUAAAGUUUGUUACACAUCAAUUACUUUGUCAAACUUUCAUAGAGUUUUAAAAAACUUUGGCAGAAGCUUUUUAAUGAUUAAGAGAUAAUGUCUGGAGCAAACCUUUGAAAACUUUUUUUUUUUAUUUUUAGUAUUUUUCUGAUAGAUGGACUUCGUUUUCUACAGUUAACAUUUACAGACAGAAUUGGGAAAAGUUUUUUUUUUUUUUAAAUUCUGUAUUUUACAGUUAAAUGGACUCACUUUUUAAGCCAAUUAAACUUUUACACUGACAGCAGCAAUCGCAGGCGAAACACAGGGUUCCGCGGAACCUCUUACAUUUUUUUUUACUUCAUCUUCUUUUAUGUUGGAAUUCCUUGUUUGAUAUUUUUGUUAAAAUAACCAUUAAAAAUUUGACAAUUACAGGUAUUUUUUUGAUAACUCAAUUUUUUUUCUGGCACAUCUUUGUGAUAUUUUUAUACUGUAUUAAGGUUAUAUAUACGAGCACCCUUUUUAAUUUUGCUGAUUUUCUAAAGUUCUUUCCAGAAUUAUUGGACUUUAUUUGUAGGAGUCCAGUUUUCAUUAACACAUAAUUCCAUAAAAUCAUUUAAUGAUGAAAUUCAUGAGACGAGAAGAAGUAGUGCUACAUAACAGCUGAUUAUUUUUCAGUCACUUGUAGCUCUGUUAUAAUUAUAUGCUUUAAAUUAUGAAGGAUUAUAGAUCAUUUUUUUGUUGGGAAGGAUAUUUUACUACAUUAUAAAAAAAUUAGGGUUGUGAUAUGUGGGUAUUCUAAAUUGAUUUUGUUAAAUUUCUACGUCUGCUUAAGAAGUAAAUUUAAUGGAAGCAAAAUCGGGGUAUAUGCUUCAGUAUAGAUUGAUCUACAUUUGACAUAAAUUUUAGUUCAGACAGGUUUUGUCUAUAAAUUCUGAAUCUGAAUACUGUAGAUUUAUUUGAAUACCUAAUGUGAAAUGUUUAAGGACAUUUAAUCAUAAAGGCAACUUAAGAUUAAAUGUGGUUUAAUGUUGGUUAGUAUAAAAAUGCAUUUUGUGGUUUUAUACUGAACAAACAGUAGGCACAUAUGAUAUGUUAAGACACAUUUUUUUGAUUUAGAAAAAUGAACAAAAGGAGAUAUUGGAUCAAUAAACCAGAAACCAAACAACAGAAGCAAAAUAACUAGUAUACUUGUGCCAUUUUUUGGAUAUAUGAUUUGUAUUCCAUUAAUGUUGAACUGUAAAAUCACAAAUUUUCUUUGGGACUGAAUUUCUUUUAUUGGGUCGAUAGAUGCUGUCCGAUAGAUGGUGUCCGAGAAAUAAAAACUGCAACGAAAAAAUACCAUUUAGGAAAAGAUUAAUUUCAUAUUCUGCAAACCACUAAGAAUGCUCCCUACUUAACCGAUUUUUAAGACAAAACCAUGAAAUUUUAACUUUUUGAAAAAUAAAUGUUACUACAGUAAAUUAACCUAUCAUUCCUUGUGAGAUUAAUCAAAUGAAUAGAAAAGAGAAUGGAGAAUGGUAAAAUAUAGGGAAUACAUUUAAUUCAUAAGUAAAAACAUGGUAACGGUUUUGAUAUGCAUAUAAUAUUUAAAUAGUGACAUAACCUUAAAAGAGAAAAGAAGGAGAAAAAAACAUACAGCAGAAUUUGUUUCAUUUUAAUAAACAAGACAACCCUAACUGAAAUAAAGGGAUAUAACUCUAGAUCAUGCACUGUAUGGACACUAGCUCAUUUUUAUCCUGUUUACAUGAUCCUUUGUAUUUUUAUAAGCAUCUCCUUUAUUUAAGAGAUUUUCAUACAUUCCAUUAUUGAUUUAAUUACUAGAUUUGCAGAUUGUUUAGUUUCAAGUGCAUCUUCAAGUAUAUAUUUACUAUUGUUUUAACUCAAGUGAUGAUUGUUAACAUAUAACAUGAUCAUCUCAAACUUGUUAUUGUAAACAUUAUUGCCACUUUAAACUUUUGUUAGUAUUGACCAGAUUGUAGCUAUUUUAUUGAUGUAAAUUUUUGCACACAUAAAUUUAUGUAGAAUAUUAGAUCACUUUGACCUACAUAGAAAAAAUUAAAUAUCAUAAAAUGACCCAUUGGAAAUCAUCCAUAAACAAAGAAGUAUUUUUAAUAAACAAAGUGUUCGGGAUUACAGGGUCCAAUGAGGUAUGUAUAAAAUCUGUUUGUCUCACCUGCAAUCAAAGUCACAGAAUACUAGACACAAUGAUACUAAGCUGGCAGGAACAGCAGUAAUUAAUUGUAUUAAGCUAUAUUAUUUUAAUGUAGAAAAGCUAGACUUCCACAUUUUGAAAAAAAGAUAGCUUAUGUUCUGUUUUGUCUGGCAUAUGUUUCAUUCCUUGACCUGAUUUUCAUAGUUCAGGACCUUCUCGAGCCAACAUUUAUUUUUUUCCCUAGACUGUUUCCCAGUAACUAUGAGAUAGUGGUCAACCAUAAUUGGUGUACAGAUUCAUUAUUGUAAGGUAUACAUGUAAAAAAAUGUCUUAUGUUAGACUCUCUUUCAACUGCUACUUAAUCAACAAUGAAUUAUUACAGUUAGAAUUGCAUUCAUGUCCGUCCUUAUUUUUUCAUUCCUUAUUUAAGACUAUAACUUCUUUUUUGAAAUUAAAGAAAUAAUUUUAUUUUCAUAACAGGCUAAAUAUUAUACCUGUCCAUUCCUUUGUUUAUCAUAUAUGAUAAUCUGGAAAUUAAUAUGUAUGAAACUAUGAAUCAUUUACACUGUAAUAUAGAAGGCAUUUUCUAAUCUCUAAAUAAAUGGUUGUGUAAUUUUCCUUUCAGAAUAAUCUUGAAACUAAUUUAGUGAGUGGCUAGUUUUUUUUUUCAAAAUGUCUUUCCUCCCUUGAUACUUUCUAUAUUUCAUCCGAAUCAGCUUUAGUUUAUAUUCAGUUUGAAGAUAACAUUUGUUUGUGUAUGCUUGUGAUAAUGUGUAUACUAGUCAUGACUUCAAACUAUAUAAUCAUUUUAUAGUCUUGUAAAAUUGUACAUAGCAGAGCCUGUCUUGGCCAUCAGAUUUUAGCAGAUAGAAUCUAUUUCAGUUAUUGAGUGAAGUUAAAAGUAACCACUAACACAUUCUUGCAAAAGGAUUAAAUAAUCUCAAUAAAAUGAUUAUGAGAUUUUAUUCUAGUAAAAUUGUUCAUAAAAAAAUCCUUUUCAGUUCUUUUAUACAUUUAAAUUAAGAUGCAUUUAAUGUUUUCAUAAAUAUAGCAUUGAAAAGGCUUCAAAGUAUAUUUUGCAGUUCAAGACAGGUUCUAUUACAUAUAAUUAACAUUCAUAAUCAUGUCAUAUAGCUGUAUUUUAUUCCAGUAGAAAGAAUUUUGUUAAUAACCAUUAAUUUAUGAUCAUGAUGGCAAAUAAUAAAAGUGAUACAUUC